AUCUUUAAGACUGAAACAGAGCCUGGAUUACUGGAAAACCUUUACCGGCAACAUAAAGUGGGAGCGUAAGAGUUAGUUACACUGGUCACUGAAGUAACUGGAGCCAAGAUGGCGGGAAGAGAGCGCAGUCCACGCCACAGGCCAUGGUCUGUGUACCGAGCCAACACAUUUGAUUUGUCCUCAGAGAUGAUGGGGUUGGCACUAACAGGAAAUAGUCAGGAUCCUGAUGAGCCGGUGCUUGAGUUCAGUCUGGCAUGCAGUGAGUUGGUAACUCCGUCACUGGACCGUAAGCCCAGUAGCUUUGUAGCAGUGAGCUGCACCACCCCUCCACAGGCGUUUUGGACCAAACACGCACAGACUGAAAUUAUAGAGGGCACUAGUAAUCCAAUCUUCUUGAGCAGCAUUGCCUUCUUCCAGGACUCUCUGAUUACCCAGCACACUCAAAUCAAACUGUCUGUCUACGAUGUGAAGGACCGCUCACAGGGGACUAUGUACCUGCUCGGUUCGGCUAUGUUUACAGUGAAAGAGCUGCUUCAAGACAAACACCACAGGCUACACCUCACUCUGCGAUCAGCAGAGAGCGAGCGGAUGGGUAACAUUACCAUCAUCGCAUGGCAGAUAGAGGAGAGGAGAGAGCAGCGAGCUCCUCUGGCACGUUCAGACACAGUUAAUGGCAGGAUGGUAUUACCUGUUGAUGAAAGUCUGACUGAGUCCAUGGGAGUAAAAGCAAAAUCAGCAUCCCUAUGUAAAGACGCUCUUUUAAAGGCAGUGUUUGGAGGCACUAUUUCACGGAUGUAUCGAUUUUCCACGACUGAUGGAAACCACCUGCGUGUCCUGGAGCAGAUGGCAGAGAGCGUGCUCACCCUGCACAUACCAAGACAGUUCGUCAAACUACUGCUGGAGGAAGAUGCUGCCAGGGUGUGUGAGUUAGAAGAGUUGGGUGAGUUGUCCCCCUGCUGGGAGAAUCUGAGGAGACAAAUCAUCACUCAGUACCAGACUAUCAUCCUCACCUAUCAGGAGACUCUCAGUAAUUUACAUGACUACAAGGGUCCUUCCUUCAAAUCUAGCACUCUGAAAGGAGAGAAAAAACUAGAGUUUAUACCUACAAACCUCCACGUUCAGAGGAUGAGAGUGCAGGGCGAGUCCGGCUACGAUCGCACAUAUGACGUGGUGACCACUGGGGCCCCUGCGGCACAUCAUCAGGGCUUUAAGGGCAACGGAUUGAGGAAACUCAUUCAGAAAUUUGAGGAAGCCAAAAAGCAUUCAAGUGAGGGUGAAGGUGCCGGGGAAUCUGCUCCACUUUCUAUGCGGUGCCAGCCACAGGAUGUGUUGAAAGCUAAAGAAAUAAUUUCCCAUAUCAACACUCUGAAGACGCAGGUCAGCUACUACACUGAGCGGCUGUCCCGCGCUGCCAAAGAACGCUCAACCAAUGCACUGGAGAGGACCCUCGCUAUCCUCACAGAGAAGACACGGCAGCUGGUGACAGUGUGUGACAGUAAGCUGCUAACUACAGCUAUCCAGGCACUGAGUGCUGCACGCCCAGAGUUCAUCGCCUCCAGAGGCUCUCCGUCCACCCAUGACACUGAGCGCGUGGUCCUGAGGAACGACCAGGGCUCUCCACAGGCCAAAUGGAGCGGGAAAGGGAACAGAGCAUCCAUGAACUUAAACUGGCAGGAGGAGGAGUGGGAAAAGAUCUGGCUCAAUGUGGAUAAGAGUCUGGAGUGUGUGAUCUGCUGUGUGGACAGGCUGCUGAUGAGAGAGCGCUCGCAGAGCGACAGCAGUGAAGACGUCUUCCUGUCUGACCAGCAGGCCGACACCAGCAAGAGAGGUAGCCAGGGCAAUGCAUUCUGGAUCAACCCUGGUGACGUUCGCUCCACCCCCCUGACCUCAUCACACCCUCUUUCAGCUCAGUCCUCUUCACCAUUAUUACCAGCAUCCUCAUCACCCUUACUGAACCCCGCAUGCCCAUCCAGUCCUAACACUCGCUCCUAUGGCAGUCCCAGUGUUGAAGGCUCCACACCUGGUGAAUGGAGUGAAGCUCUGUAUCCUCUCCUGACCACUCUGAAUGAGUGUGUAGCAAUGAUGAGUGACAAAGCCAAGAAGUCCAUGGUGUUUCUACUGAUGCAAGACAGCGCUCCCACUAUCGCCAUGAGUUUGUCACUACAGUACCGCAGAGAUGUGGUUUUCUGUCAGACACUGACGGCCCUGAUCUGUGGGUUUGUGAUAAAACUGAGGAACUGUCUAAGUGACGGCGGCUUCCUCAGACAACUCCACACUAUCGGCUUACUGGUCCAGUUCGAGGGGCUCCUGAGCACCUACGGGGAGGAACUCGCCAUGUUGGAAGACAUGAGUGUAGGCGUCAUGGACCUCCGGAAUGUCACCUUUAAAGUGACCCAGGCGACCUCCAGCUUCAGCCCCGACAUGCUGCCUGUCAUCACGGGCAACAGAGAUGGGUUUAACGUGCGUGUUCCUUUAUCGGGGGUGAUGUUUGAUGUGUUACCACGGGAGAUCCAAAAUGGGAUGCUGCUGCGAGUUCAACCGGUAUUAUUCAAUGUAGGAAUCAAUGAGCAACAAACGCUUGCAGAAAAGUUUGGAGACACGUCGCUGCAGGAAGUAGUGAAUGUAGAGAGUCUAACUCGUCUUGCCUCCUAUUAUGACCAGUUUAAAGAAGUGCUGCCUGAAGACUGUCUGCCCCGCUCUCGCAGUCAGAACUGUGUACCUGAGCUACUCAAGUUCCUCAGUCAAAAUGUUAAUGCCAGGAAGAGCAAGAAUGUUGACAUCCUGUUGCAGGCAGCAGAGAUUUGUCGGCGUCUAAACGGUGUGCGUGUGACCAGCUGCAAGAGUGCAAAGGAUCGUACGGCCAUGUCGGUGACCCUGGAGCAAUGUCAAAUCCUCCAGCAAGAGCACUGCAUGGCCCCGCAGGUCUUCACACAGGCUUUGGACUGUAUGCGCAGGUGA